AUGCGCUCUCUUGUGCUCGCAGCCAUCGGCUCAUUUCUCUGCGGAAGUGCUGCGUCGGUGGCCCCCGACGAUGUUCGGUCCCAUGCUGUCGCUUUCAACCAAAGCACUCUUCUACGCCUCCAUGAUGCCGCACCUGGUGAUCCAGGACCGCUGAAGUCACACGGCAAAGCUGUGGGCACGACCGCGUCUGUCGGUCCAAGGCUUUUGCCCGACUCGGCUGUGGACGGGACCGGCCUCGACAACGAGCAAAGGGAGGAGCGAGGGUUUGAUCCGGUGAAGUCACUACACAGUCUACGUGACGAUAUGUGGGUUUUUCUCACACGACGAUCCCCUGCAUCCGUUUUCGACAAGUUUGUUCGCCCUAAGGAACCUGUCACUAUUCGCGCCAUCGUACAGUGGCUGGAGUAUGUUGACACGCCAGAAGCGAAGAACUUCUACCACAGCGAAAAAGAGCCGUUAGCUUUUUUAGCGCUGAAGCUCUCAUCGGACCAGAAGGAGAGACUAGCCCUUUCGCUCGGACACGUCGCUGCCAGCAAACAUUUUGACCGUUUGCAGCAUGCGUUCGCUGAAUCGCUUCCGCCCGAAUCUGACGUGUUGGUCAACGUGUGGAAGCAGUCGGAGCUGGGUCCCUUCAAUGUGCUUCAGACGCUCGAGAUCGAAUCGAUUGCAACGAAGCCGAACACUGCAGUCCAGUGGAUCAGGUACAAUGAGGGACUCAGACGGGUUGAGCCAACCAAGGCUCUUCGUGUUGAUGAGGUAGCUCAGCUUUUGUUUUUGGGACCCAAUCAUGCAGCCAAUAAGGCUUUUAAGACAAUCUUCGAGCUCCCGGCGGCAGCACAGCAAGACGAUGUCAACAACUUACUCAAGAAGCUAAGGGGGACUCACGUCGAAGGGCGAGACGACUUGGACAAUUUCGCCAAUGAUCUGCAAAAGCAGUACAAUGUUUUUACUGGCAUGUCUAGGGAGCGGUCGUAUCAGUAUAAACCGUCUCCGGGGAUUUUGUCCAUUACGAAAUAG